AACCACUGCCUGUCACCAGCGUUUCCAUUUAUGACUAUAAGCCAUCACCAGAAACUGGAGUGUUAUUUGAAAUCCAGUAUCCAGAGAAGUACAAUGUUUUCACCCGGGUGAAUAUAAGCUACUGGGAAGGAAGAGAUUAUCGGACCCUUUUGGAAUCCCUGGCUGACUGAUCUUUUUACCAUCCCACAGAUUUCUUUAAAGGCAAAACCGUUUUCAAUCACUGGCUGCCAGGAAUAUGCUACAGCAACAUCACGUUUCAGCUGGUAUCGGAAGCGACGUUCAACAAAAGCACGCUGGUGGAGUACAGUGGGGUGACGCACAAACCAAAGCUGCAUCGAACAGCUCCCUACCCACCUCGAAAUAUUUCUGUGCGUAUCGUCCCGAUAAGCAGAAAUGAGAACUGGGAAGAACACAGCGGCAUCUUCCCAGAGGAAUCUUUUUUGGGGAUGCAGAACACAGCGGAGUUGGAGAAAACCACUCAUCUCUUGGACGAUCUGCUGGAACUGCCGACUGCAAACGCUACCUAUACGUGGCCCGAUUACCGCUACAAUAGCAGUGACUACGAAACCACGUCUCAGCCAGAUUGGUGGAUUAACGAAUCCGACUUUCCGGAGAGUGAAGAUGAGUUUGUGAACGCCGUGCCGAGGGACUAUGAGAACAGCAGCCCGACACUGGAGUUUGGGAAUCCGACUCCCGAGCCUCUCUUGUUCCUCCCCGUGCAAAUGGUGUUGAGCUGGUUGCCUCCAAAGCCACCCACAGCAUUUGAUGGCUUCCAUAUUAAUAUCGAGAGAGAAGAGAACUUCACAGAAUUUCUGACAGUUGGUGAGGAUAUUCAUGAAUUUGUUGCUGAGUUGAAAGAACCGGGAAAAUAUACAGUAUCCGUUACAACGUUUAGCUCCUCUGGCUUAUGUGAAAUUCGGGAAAGCCGAUCUGCCAAAACACUCAGUUUUUACAUUAGUCCAACGGGAGAAUGGAUAGAAGAGCUGACCGAGAAGCCUCGAAAUGUCAUGGUGACUGUGCUGAGUCCCACCACGGCUUCAUUAUCCUGGACAUCUUCACCAGAGACCAGCGGCAGCAACCACACAAUUGUCUCCAUCGUGUCCUUGACGUGCCAGAAACAGAAGGAGAGCCAGAGACUCGAAAAGCAUUAUUGCACCGAGGUGAAUACAAGCAGCAACAUUAUUGAAAACCUGGUUCCUGGCGCCCAGUACCAAGUUGUGAUUUAUUUGCGGAAAGGACCGCUGGUUGGGCCCCCUUCCGACCCUGUUACAUUUGCCAUCGUGCCCACUGGGAUCAAGGACCUAACUCUUUAUCCUUUGGGGCCCUCCGCUGUGGUCCUCAGCUGGAACAGGCCAUAUCUCGGUGUCUUCCGGAAGUACAUCGUAGAAAUGUUUUAUUUCAACCCUUCAACGAUGACCUCAGAGUGGAUGACGUACUAUGAAAUAGCAGCCACCGUCUCUCUAACCUCGUCAGUGAGAAUAGGCAACCUGCUACCUGCCUGGUAUUAUAACUUUCGGGUGACGAUGGUGACGUGGGGAGACCCUGAACUGAGUUGUUGCGACAGCUCCACCAUCAGCUUCAUAACAGCUCCGGUGGCCCCUGAAAUCACCUCUGUCGAGUAUUUCAAUAACCUUCUCUACGUCAGCUGGACAUACGGAGAUGACAACACGGACCUUUCUCAUUCUAGGAUGCUCCACUGGAUGGUUAUAGCCGAAGGGAAGAAAAAGAUCAAAAAGAGCGUGACACGGAAUGUUAUGACUGCAGUCCUGAACGUGCCUCCCGGAGACGUCUACAACCUCUCCGUGACUGCUUGUACAGAAACAGGAAGCAACACCUCAGCACUACAACUUGUGAAAAUUGAUCCAGCUCCUCCGAGAUCCCUCUUUGCCGUGAAUAAGACCCAGACGUCAGUGACUCUCCUGUGGGUGGAGGAGGGAGUCGCUGAUUUCUUCGAAGUCUUCUGCCAGCAGGCGGGCUUGAGUCAGGAUCCCAAAAUCCAGGAACCUGUGACUGUUUCUUCACAUGUAGUGACAAUCUCCAGCCUUUCACCAGCAACAUCCUACAACUGCAGCGUUACCAGCUUCAGCCACAACAGCCCCAGCGUCCCCACCUUCAUUGCGGUCUCCACAAUGGUGACGGAGAUGAAUCCCAACGUGGUGGUGAUCUCAGUACUAGCCAUCCUGAGCAUUCUUCUGAUCGGGCUGCUGCUUGUAACUCUUGUAGUCCUUCGGAGAAAACAUCUACAAAUGGCCAGGGAGUGUGGAGCUGGAACUUUUGUCAAUUUUGCUUCACUGGAGAGAGAUGGGAAGCUCCCCUACAACUGGCGUAGGAGUGUAUUUGCUUUCCUAACUCUGUUACCUUCAUGCCUCUGGACUGAUUAUCUCUUGGCAUUUUAUAUUAACCCUUGGAGUAAAAAUGGUCUGAAGAAGAGAAAGCUGACCAACCCCGUCCAGCUGGAUGACUUUGACAGCUACAUCAAGGACAUGGCAAAAGAUUCCGAUUACAAAUUCUCCCUGCAGUUUGAGGAAUUGAAGCUGAUUGGCCUGGAUAUCCCCCACUUUGCGGCUGACCUUCCUAUGAAUCGCAGUAAAAAUCGCUACACGAAUAUCCUGCCUUAUGACUUCAGCCGUGUCCGAUUGGCUUCCAUGAACGAAGAAGAAGGCUCCGAUUACAUCAAUGCCAACUAUAUCCCUGGCUACAACUCUCCGCAAGAGUACAUCGCCACUCAAGGCCCGCUGCCAGAGACACGGAAUGACUUUUGGAAGAUGGUGCUUCAGCAGAAGUCGCAAAUCAUCGUGAUGCUUACACAGUGCAACGAGAAGCGGAGGGUAAAAUGCGACCAUUAUUGGCCUUUCACGGAGGAGCCGGUUUCUUACGGGGACAUCACAGUGGAGAUGCUGUCCGAAGAAGAGCAACCAGAUUGGGCUUAUAGGAAUUUCAGAAUCAGCUACGCAGACGAAGUGCAGGACGUGAUGCACUUUAACUACACGGCUUGGCCGGACCACGGCGUCCCCCCCACAAACGCCGCGGAGAGCAUCUUGCAGUUUGUACAGAUGGUCAGGCAGCAGGCGACGAAAAGCAGAGGCCCCAUGAUCAUACACUGCAGUGCCGGCGUGGGACGGACGGGGACUUUUAUAGCACUGGAUCGGCUCCUACAGCACAUUCGGGAUCACGAGUUUGUAGAUAUACUGGGGCUGGUGGCUGAUAUGCGGUCUUAUAGGAUGUCCAUGGUACAAACAGAGGAACAAUACAUUUUUAUUCACCAGUGUGUGCAAUUAAUGUGGCUGAAGAAGAAGCAGCAGUUCUGCAUCAGCGACGUUAUAUACGAGAAUGUCAGCAAGUCGUAACUCCAAGUCACGGGCGGCUAGAAAAUGAUGAGAGACAUCCAUCUUCCCUUGCUUCAGAUUUUUAUUCACUCUUGAGGUGUUUUCCCCCCC